UACAGUAGGGCAAGGGUUUGAAAAAAAAUAAAUAGAAAAAUAAAUUGCAAAAUGUCUUUACCCCCAUUACCACCACAAUUAAAGGCUAUACAGCAUUAUUUAAAAACAGCCACUGAACAUGAUAAACGGGAUCCAGUCGUUUCAUAUUACUGUCGCCUAUAUGCAUUACAGAAUGGAAUGGAAAUAGAUAAGAAGUCGCCAGAAUGCAGGGUAUUCCAUGUAACAUUGAUGGAUUAUUUGGAAAAGGUGAAGAAGGAGACAGACAGUGAGGCCGUGCACAAUGAGGUGGUGGGACAGGCUCACAUGGAGAACUAUGCCCUCAAGGUGUUCCUGUAUGCUGACAAUGAGGAUAGGGCUUCCAGGUUCAACAAGAAUGUUGUUAAGUCGUUCUACACAGCCGGCAUGCUAUUUGAUACUCUGUCAGUAUUCGGUGAACUUAGCGAAGAUAUAGAAAAAAACAGAAAGUAUGCGAAGUGGAAGGCGGCCUACAUUCACCGCUGUUUAAAGAAUGGGGAGACGCCUGUUGCUGGGCCGCUAGGGGGAGAAGAAGAUGAGGGUGCAGGUGCCACUGGUGGGGCUCCCAUAGGGUUUGAGCAGCCUGGCCCCUCCCAGGGGUACAGCCAGGGGCCCCCUCAGGAUACAAACCCGGCCACCAGUCAACUUAACCUACCAACAGUUACCAACAGAUCACCACAGGACCCUUCAGGGGGUACUCAUGCCCCUCCCUCCACUCCCCAGGAGCCCCAGCAGGCAUCCCGACCCCCUCCCACACAGACAUUCACCACAGACUGGACUCCACCAAAGAAUGCCAAUGGAGUACAGCUGGCGGCAGGUCAGUACCAGCGUGCCAUGAAGCUCUGCAAGUAUGCGAGCAGCGCCCUGCAGUACGAGGACUCGAAGACGGCCAUCGACAAUCUCACCAAGGCUUUAAAGCUCCUCACGACUGGCUCGGAAAGCUGAUGAACUAUUGUGAACGCUGUGAUAUAGAUACAAAUUGUUUUGUUUUAUAUUUAUUGUUCUGUGUAAUAGAGCUGCUUUAUUGCGACUAUAUGGACAAAUUCUUUGCAUGAUUGAGAAUGCAUAUAUGUUUUCUUAAAUUAGUUUACAUGUUAGAUAUUUUAAUUCAAAAUAAAGAAAAUAUUUAUUUGAAUUUUAGAACCUGAUCUUUAAAACUAACUCCCUGUUAAAUAAUUCUCAGAUAAAAGUAAAUAUUGUUAAAUAUCGUGUAAUAUUAUAUUUAAUUUCUCUUGAACAUAUUUGAAUAAGCUUGCUUGGACUUAUAAAAAUAGCUAAACUUAUGUAAGUGUGAUAACUAGGUUACAUGUGGGGAAGCACAGUCAUUUUUAUUGUACUGUUUCGUGAAAAGACUCUUAUGAGUUGUACAAAAUUAUAUCAACAUUAUAUCAUGUAAAUCAAAACUUCAAUCUGAUUGACGUCUACAAUCCUCCUAAACAGGGGCAUAGCUAGACCAGAUAGGACAUGCAGAGCUGGCCUAGAGCCCCUUCAAGAUAUUUAUAUUGGUUGGUCUGUCAAUGGGAAAGUGGAUGCGUAUCCCGGCAUAUAUUAUGCUAAAAAGAGCACAUUUUUCUGCCAAUGAAUGCAGGCCCGCUCCUGCAGUGCCAGCCUGUAGUAACGCUAGGUGGACAUGUUGAAUACCUGUUACGUUUUUCGUUCAGUCUUUCUGUAGUAUGACUCUCUUCAUAAUUUCAUAUCAAUGACUUAUUGCACAGUGUUUGUAUAAUUUUAUUUGUGUCUUGUAAGUAUACUAUACAGUUGAUUUUAUUUGUAAUAAAAUAGGAAUAAUA